CGUCGAGGUUACGUCCUCUCUGCGCCUAGCAACGUUUAAGUUUCGAUUCUCUGAAUGAUUGGUGACGCUGCGAGGCUUUGAGUGUAAAACGAAAGUGAACAUGAAGCUGUCACUGUGGAGAUGUUUACAGAGGACCGGUGUCUGUGAAGUUUGGGGGUCCUGAGGUUUGUUUGUAGCGCGUGAGGAAGUGAAAUACCGCGAGAAGUCGACCCCUCACUGAAAUCCUCAGGUGUCCUCCAGCUGUUCUCGAGGCUCGACGUGAGAGGCGUCUUCUGAAGUGAGAUGGGUGUUCCGCACAGCAAAAUGGAUGAUUGUACCAGCCCAGGUAGCAUCUGGAUUUCUAACCAUGAAAGGCCUCAGAAACCACCAUCUUUCCUGCUGUGUGAACACUUUACUGCAGACCUUCUCUGCUACCAGGGAACUCACGGAUAUCCUUGACAAGUGGAAACCAUCUGGUCGGACCGCGGACAAGCAUUCCCUCCCUCUGCAGCUGAAGACAGUCCUCUCUGCCAUGAGGAGCGACGACCCUCAUUCGGUGUCCCAUCAUGGCUUUCUCUACUGCCUGGACAGAAACUACAUCCGACUUAAUGUGCAGCAUGAUGCAGAUGAGGUGUUCCUGUCCAUCCUGAACUUGAUGCAGCAGCAGAUUGGCGACACAGCCCUGGCUCUUGAAAUCCAGGAACUGUACAAGAUUUCUGUGCAGACACAGCUGGAGUGUUUAGAGUGCUCCUUCAACCAGACCCAGACCAGCUUCAUGCUCAGCUUGCCACUGCACAUAAAGGAAGAUGACAAUUCUCUGGAAAGCUGCAUGACGUCUUUCUUCGAGCAUCAGGAGCUAAAGGGCAGAAAUUGCUGCUACUGUAAACAAUGUGGUUCAAAGACCCCAUCCAAACAGGGUGUCAAACUGCUCUCCCUUCCUCCUAUCUUGCGUGUGCAUCUGAAAAGAUUUCGGAAUAACAGCGGUUACGCCCGAAAAAUUGAUUGCAAGGUUACAUUUCCAGAAACCUUUGACUUCACAGAGAUCGUAAAGGAGGCGUUCUCUUCGGAUUUCACUCAGAAUGACUGCACGUACACUUUGUAUGCAGUGUUGGUGCACUCUGGUGGUGCAAUGUACGGACACUACACUGCUUUUGUUCGUCAUAGAGCGAACCAGCGCUGGCACUAUGCAAAUGACAGCCAUGUACAACAGGCCUCCUGGGAAGAAGUAAUGGCUACAUAUGGUGGAUAUAACAGAUCCACAGCGUACAUGUUAAUGUACAGAAGAGGUUCAGAAGCCGGUGGACCACAACCUGAUCUCUCCGGCUGAGUGGGUGGAUGCAGAUGAAUUCACAUGGGGUAUGGUGCAAUACAGGGUGAACAUGGGAAUAUGCAAUAAUCAUAGGAUUAAUGACUAUUAUUAUUGAUUAUUGAUUUGACUUAUUGUAAUUUAAAAAUGUAAUUCCACACCUUGAAUUAUCUUACAUUUAACAAAUUCCUGACCUCAAAAAGGUGAUUCAGUAGAUAAUAAGUGCUGCAGUUUCUGCUAAACACCAGUAGAUGGAGUUGAAGAUUCAAAACAGUGAUGAGUUUUCCACUCCUGAGACCACACACGCUGAGCACUCCAUCAUACUGGGGGGCUGUUUUGGGAGAAUGCUUUGCUGAGAUAUUCACUGUUUGAAGGGAAAUACCUGUUAUUGGACUCAGUGCUCAUUUUCCUGACACUACUUUUUGCUGCAUGAGUCACCAAUAAAGAACAAUGAAUUCAUGUUUUUUCCACAUUAGUGCUGCCAAAAAACACAUAAAGGGUUGCUUCAGCAUAACGUAACAACCUGCAAGACUUAAGACCUCAUCAGGGGUUACAAACAGUUUUUUCCCACUCUUUCUGAUGCAGCAAAAGCCGCAAAUGCAAGGUCAAAAUGUUUGCACUAAAGUUACAGAAAGUCAUCUGCACUUCUUUCCGAAUAUACAAUAAUAAAGUGAAGUUAGAUGUU